UGCUGCCGGAGCCUUGCUCCACCCGUGGAGGGCUCUAGCUGCCCGCCUCUCCCUGGACCAGGAUGGGCACCGCCGCAUAAAGGAGCUGGAGCACCGCUGGCAACUGGCACAGGGGGCAGCCUGGGCCCGUUGCAGGGCGAGGCAGGGGGGCUCACGGCAAGACUGGACAUGGCUGCGGCCACUGGUGGAGGAGGGCUGGCCGCCCCAUCGCCCGGCAACCUGCAGCAGCUGCAACAACAGCUGGUAGCUGUGCAGGUGCUCCAGGGAGGGGUGACCCUCGCCCUCCAGCCCCCCAACACGGACUCCCCACCUCCCCCGGACACAGGGGAGCCGCACAGUGGUGCGGCUGCAGUUGGGGAUCUGAGGCUGCCACUGUGCGUGUGUGAGUUGUUGCUGCGGGCAGCGCUGCAUCGCUGGCUGCGUUACACUGAAUGCGUCGCUGGGCUGCACUGGAGCCUGGCGGGGGUGCUGCAGCGUGUGGGGCUGACGGCCGGGCAGAGCAGCUGCAGCCUGCCCCACAUCUGGAAACAACUGCACAAGCUGCAGGGGGAGGUGCGGGUGCUGCGGUGCUGCAGUGGUGACUACGAGCGAGUGCUGGGGCUGGGCCGGGAGCUGGAGGUCCAGGCUGAUGAGCAGACCAGGCUGGUGCUGCGGGGAGAGAUGUCCCAGUUGCAGAGCGACUGGGAGCGGGCCGGCUCACUGCUGGAGACCAACGUAUCACACAUCACCAACGUCCAGCAGAUAUGCAGCAGAUGUUGUGAGGAGGCAGCUGUGCUGGGCCACAAAGUGCAGGAGCUGCGGGCGGAUGUGAAGAGUGUACGGUGUGGAGCCAGCGAGAGCGGCCAGACUCAGCUCCAGGUACAGGGUGCGGAGAUGUUGUGGGGAGACUGGGCCAGCCGACUCGCCGCGCUGAGCAGCCAGACCAGCCUGGUGGCCGCCUGCCUCUCCCCUGGCACUGUCGCCGCCUUCCAGGCCCAGCCGGCACAUCUGGAGCUCCAGUGGCAACAGCUGGAGGAGGCGGCGCCGAAGCUGGGGAUAAGCCGGGGGCAGCAGCAGAGGCUGCUGUUCAUCAGCCGGUGCAAGCGGCUGCAGGAAUGGCUGACACAGACGGAGGAACAGAUCUCUGUGUGCACCGGGCCGACACUCGAGGAGACCAUCGAGACGCUGCAGAAGGCGUGUGUGGGGGAGCUGGGCCGGCGUGCGUGGCAUAGGAGCAGCGUGGAACGGCUGGGGGCGGCACUGAGGGAGAGCGAGGCGGGCCCUGCUGCCGACAUCGAGGGCAAGCUGACUCUCCUCAACAACCGCUGGCGACAACUCGGGCACCUCGCCCAGCACAGGGUGAAGAGGCUGCAGGAGACGCUGAGCUCGGUGCAGAGCCUGGGCCGAGAGAUGAACUGCCUCCGCUCCUGGCUGGCUCACAUGGAGUCCGAGCUCUCCAAGCCCCUGGUCUACAGCAUCUGCGACGACCAAGAAAUCGAGAGGAAGCUCGCCGAACAGCAGGAGCUGCAGCGGGAGAUUGAGCAGCGCAGUGCGGGUGUUGCGUCGGUGCUGCGCCUGUGUGAUGGGCUGCUGGAGGAGGGCGAGGUCGAGGCUGAAUGCGACGGGUUGCAGCACCGCAACCGCAGCCUGCAGCGUCGUUGGCGUAACGUCUGCUCCAUGGCCGUGGAGCGUCGCAUGAGGAUUGAGGAGACGUGGCGUCUGUGGCAGAAGUUUCUGGAAGACUACUCUCAGAUUGAGGAGUGGCUGCAGGGGGCAGAGGAGGCGGUGACCAACCCCCUCACCUCCCAUGUGCCCUACGCCCUGGCCCGGGAGGAGCUGAAGAAGUACGAGGCGCUGCAGCGAGGGGCGCAGGAGUCUCUGACGCAGCUGGAGUUGAUCAACAAGCAGUAUCGCCGCCUGGCGCGGGAGCACCGCACCGACACCAGCAGCCGCCUGCGCCGCACACUGGCCGCAGCCAACCAGCGCUGGGACCGGCUGCAACGCCGCACCACCGCCAUACUGCGCCGGCUCAAGCACCUGACGGGGCAGCGGGAGGAGUUUGAGUGUGGCCGUGCAGCGGUGCUGGUGUGGCUGACCGAGCUCGACCUGCAGCUCACCAACGUCGAGCACUUCUCCCAGAGCCACAUCGCCGACAAGGUCCGCCAGCUCCACGCCUUCCAGCAGGAGAUCACCCUGAACACUAACAAGAUCGACCAGCUGAUAGUGGCGGGGGAGCGGCUGAUCCAGAAGAUUGAGCCGUUGGACGCGGUGGAGAUCGAGGAGGAGCUGCAGGAGCUGCACGCCUACUGCCACGAGGUGUUCGGCCGCGUCGAGCGCUUCCACCAGCGUCUCAUCUGCACCCCACUGGUGACGGACAUGGACGCAGACACAGAGCCGUCCCCGCGGGUGCCGGAGGGGGAGGGACGCGGUGCCCUGAGCUGGGGGGAGGGGGCCGGAGCUCCGGGGGAGGGGCUGUGUGUCCCAGCCGCGGACGGGGGUCAGAGGUCGGGCCGGGAGACGCCGGUGAGCGUGGACUCCCUCCCCCUGGAGUGGGACCACACGGUGGAUGUGGGGGAGGGGGCCGACCCCGAGCACCAGGGGGAGGCGCUCUACUACACCACCCCAGCAGCAUCGUUCCGUCUCACACAUCUCGGCAGCCCUCAACCUCCUACUCCUGUCUCUUCAGAUGCAGAGGUGACCGACAGCCCUGAAGACAUUGUGACACUGACGGAGACCACGCUGACGGGUAGGAAGCCAGCGCUGCACGGGCCAAUGGCACCAGCCCAGAAUGCCAUGGACAAGGCGGGCAGAAUGGCCUGUUUCUCUGACAUGAGACUGGACGUUGAGGACUGA